GACGAGGAGGAAGCAAGAGAGGAGGAAGAAGAGCUGAGCAGGGCGAUUUCGUUCUGUACCGUCAGCUCUCCCGCGGUCGCCCCUGCCUGGAGGACAGGGACCGCUGGGGACACCCAGGCCUGGAUCUGUUGCCAGCCCAGGUAGAGGCCAGCUCAGCCACGCCGACAGCGGAGGUGCAGAAUCCAGAGAGAUGGGGAUGGUUCCAGGUAUCUCCUCCUACUAGGGGAGACUUCCCGAGGCCCACGGUCUACCCACUGGCCCCAGAUUCUCCUCUGAGUCCUCCAAGCCUGGGGCUCGCUUGGCAGGGACAGAAAGCCAUGGCCUGGACGUUGCCAUCGCUUCUGUUGCUUCUGGCCUGGGCAGCCACCACGGGCAGCACUCGGGAUGGGGCAGACCUGCUCAACAUCUGUAUGGAUGCCAAGCACCACAAGGUGAAGCCAGGCCCCGAGGACAAGCUGCACGCGCAGUGCAGUCCCUGGAGGAAGAACGCCUGCUGCUCCGUCAGCACCAGCCAAGAGCUGCACAAGGACGGGUCCCGCCUGUACAACUUCCAGUGGGACCACUGUGGCAAGAUGGAGCCCGCCUGCAAGCAGCACUUCAUCCAGGACACCUGCCUGUACGAGUGCUCCCCCAACCUGGGGCCCUGGAUCCAGCAGGUGGACCAGAGCUGGCGCAAGGAGCGGAUCCUGGAUGUGCCCCUGUGCAAAGACAACUGUCAGCGCUGGUGGGAGGACUGCCGCACCUCCCACACCUGCAAGAGCAACUGGCACAAGGGCUGGGACUGGACCUCAGGAGUCAACAGGUGCCCGGCUGGGGCCACCUGCCGCACAUUUGAGUCCUAUUUCCCCACGCCCGCUGCCCUCUGCGAGGGCCUCUGGAGUCACUCCUACAAGGUCAGCAACUACAGCAGUGGGAGCGGCCGCUGCAUCCAGAUGUGGUUUGACCCCGACCAGGGUAACCCCAACGAGGAGGUGGCGAGGUUCUAUGCCUCUGCCAGGACUUCCGGGGCCGUGCCCUGUGGGGUCGGGGCUCUCCCACUCAGCCUGAUCCUGGUGCUGCCACUCUGGCUCCUGGGCUGAGUCCUUCUCGAUCUCCACUCGGGCUUGGAUGGCGAGGCCGUGCGCAGCUCAGCUCCACAAACGAGGAAGCCCCAGCAAGCCUCCACCCACUCCCUACCCCCUCUGCUGCCCAGUUCUUGCUGCAUGGUAGAUCCCAGCUUGCGUUUCCUCUAGUAAACACACUGACACACGUG